AUGGAGAUUUUAAUGCACUAUACUGAUUAUACUGAAGACGCAAAUCGAUUAUGGGUUGAUAUCGAUCGAGGAAUACGUUCAAAAGAUCCACAACGUCAAUUUGAAGCUAUAUUGAAAAUGCCGGCAUUAUUCAAAAAAGAUUCGCCUACCAUCAUUUCGGCUGCUCUAAUUAAAUUAGCCACCUUGUUUCAAGAAGGUACAAAUGAAAUGCGUUUAAAUAUAACAAAAGUUUUAGAUCGUGUAGCUGUUUAUAUAAAAAAAUCACCGGUAAUUGCUGAUCCAAUUCAACUAAUAUACUCUGUUAUGCAUAGUAAUGAUUGUAUAGCAAGAGCAUUAACAUUGAGGGCAUUAGGUGCAUUGGCUCAUAUUAUUGCCGAUGAUGUUGAAGCACAUCUUCAUAUACGACUGGCAUUAGAUUCAAACGAUGAAGUUGAAGUAUUAGCUGCUAUACGUGCAGCUAAAAAAAUUAUUCCAUGCUCGAAAACAUUUGCCAUGUCAAUUAGUACAAAAUUAGUAUCACUUAUUGAAGAUUUAACAACACCGUUGACAAUUAAAUCUUGGCUAAUACCAUUGUUUGAACAUAUGACACAUGAUGCCACAGUUUCAUUAAAAGGUCGACAAUUACUCAUAUCGUUAAUGUUAAAAGAUACUACAAAAGAAUUUAUUCGAAUUGCUGUUCCGACACUAGCACGUUUAGCUGUUAAAAGUCAUAUUGAAAUAAGUGAAACGGUCACAUUUUUAUUAAAUUUUCUUCAACGUGAGCCAAGGCAAAGUUGUCGAAAAUUAAUUUUACACUAUUUGGUUCCUAUAGCACGUCAAGGUUCAAUUGUCUGGUUGAAUUCAACAACAAGUGAUAUAAUUAAAUUUGCAAACGAUUGUGAUGAUGAUUAUGUUCGAUUACAAGUAUUUAAAAUUAUACUUGCAUUAACAGAACGUUGUGGUGAUAUUACAGUGGGCUCGUCGACAGAUUUAAAACAAUUAUUACAAAUGUUUGUUAUUCAUGACAAUAUUAAUAUUGCAUAUAGUUGUUGUUUAACCACAUUACGUUUAUUAACAAAAUAUUUACGCAAAACAUCAGAUUCCAGUGCAAGAAAUGAAGAACAAGAAACGAAUGAUACAUCACAGAUUAUUGGACGUCGAGAAUUGAAUACACAACGUUCAACUGAUACAUCAACAUCAUUUUCUGCCAAAGUAUUUGAAGAUUUAUUAGAUCAUUUACAAUCCGCAUUAAUGUUUUUACUCAUGGAAGUCAUACAAACAAAUCAUCUGAAAGAAUUACAGGAUACAUUAAAAUUGAUUGAAGAAUUAUGCCGACAUCAUUCACCUAGUGCACAAAGUUUCAUUUGUUUAUUGAUUACCGUUUCAGCAAAUGUUGAUGAAAAUAUGCUUCAACACAUUACAUCAUCUCUUCUUCACUUAUCUACCUAUCAUCCACAAUUAAUCAAAAAUGAAAUGGAUCAUAUUCGUCAAUUAUUGUUAUCAGCAACAACAGAAGAUAUUCGUUACAAUCUAAUAUCACUAUUAGUUUUAUCAUAUUCGUUAGAGAGUACAAAUGAAAUAAUUGAAUAUUCAAAAUUAUUAUCAAAUUGGAAAUGCUUUUUACUAGCCAGAUGGUGUGUACGUCAUUGUUUAUAUUCUCCAGCAAUUGAAUUAUUUCGUUCGUUAGCCGAUCUCACUGAAUCACCUUCUCAUAAAUGUUGGUUAGAGACAAUCACCAAUAUUUGUCAUGGUGAAGCAUGUUUACAAAUCGAAUUUAUUUCAAAUGAUAUAAUAAAAUGUGAUUUACAAUUAUUAUGUGAAAAUUUAUCAAAAGCAAAUUCAUUUUAUGAAUCAAGUCUUAUACAAAUGCCCUCAAUGACACCCUACGAUGAUAUUUUGUCAUCACCGCGAGCAGAAAAUACGUCGAAUGAUGAUAUUAAUUCUACAUUUGAUUUUGAACGAUCCUAUUGUGAUAUACGUUCAUCAAUUAUUCAACAAUUUUAUGAAUUAAUUCACACUUUAAAUAAUUCUGAUAUAGGUUUAAUAAGUCUUGAUCUCAUGGGGAAAAGAAUGCUAUCAAUCAUAUCGAAACGUUUGAAUACAAUAAGUUUAAAAAUAAAUGAUAUUGUACAAUCUUGUUUUGAUGGUGAUAGUCAAACAUUAUGGUGUUUAUCAUUCAAUCGUUUUAUAUGUGAUAUUGUGGUAACGGUGAUUGAAAAAAUUAUUCGUAAUGUUAGACUUGAAAAAAAUGAAUGGCAACGUCGAUUAAAUGAAUUAUCAUGGCGUGAUGGCUUUAACGAAAGAAUAUUUGUACGAUUUCAACAUGUUAUUGAAUUUGUGUGUAUACGUCUAAAUAGUGAUAAUAAUAAAAAGACAAAAAAAUCGGAUGAAGAAAUUGCCAUUUUACAAUAUUUGGCCAGUACACUAAUCACAUCUCCGCCACCCUUACCACGAAUGUUUUUUCAAAAAUUACAAAAAACAGUUAUUAAGCUAACUGUAUCACCCAACGAAACAGAAGAAGAUCGUCCUUUACACGAACCCUCAGCCUUACUACCCAUACAAAUUCAUGGUGAAAUUGCACCAAAAUAUCAAUAUUUGCCAUUAAGAACGGUCAAAGAAGUUUGUGUUGAAGUAUCAACAUCUCAAGAUGAUAAAAAUGAGAGAAAUAAAAAGAAAUUGAAUACGCAGAAUGGUCAAGAACAACGUAAAAAUUUCAAUGACGAUGAUUAUUAUCGUGGAGCUAAAUCAGCAUUGUUUACUGCUGAUACAUCAGUACUCACAAAAUUGACAACGAAUCAGAAUGAUAAUAAUAAUAAUAAUGUAAUAUUAAAUGAGGAAUUAAAAGAAAAUCGUUUUCAUGCCGGAUUUAUUUUACAUCUUGGAACGGUAACAAAUUAUAUGAUUCAUGUACGGGUAUCAUUUGAAGAUAAUAAUGGUCAAAGAUGGAUUAAUGUUGCUGAAAAAACACUCUAUAUCAAAUUAAAUAAUCGUCGUCCAACACGUUCUUCAGCUCGAAAUAUUCAUUCAAAUCAACAACGUUCAACUCUCUCAACCACAUAG